UUCUGCUCCGAGAAAGCACACACACACAAGAGAGAGAGAGAGAGAGAGAGAGAGAGAGAGAGAGAGAGAGGCUGCUCCACAAAUUCUUAGACGGUAAAAUCAAGACGACAUCAAGAUGGCUUCUUUUUCGUUAACGUUCCUGUACUUAAUCGGGAGUGUGAUAGCCUCUGUGGCAAGCGGCUGCUCUUCUCCUUACCAGCAAGUUGAACGUUGGUGUAUAUUCGUGAACAUUACGGCGCCUGCAGUGGGCCCAGGUCGACCCAUAAACUGGUUGGAAGCCAGGGCAUCCUGCCAGCAAUCCAAUGGGGACUUGGUUACCUUAGAAAAAGAGAGAAAAUUGUUUGCCAUUUCGGAACACAUCAGCCUCAAUUUCAGAUCUGAGUCUCAAGGAGGCUGGGUAUAUUGGGUUGGCGCCCUUGGGUCGAACCGCGAGUGGAAGUGGGUCAAUAAUAUACCCAUAAACCUCCUUUCAUAUAUCUGGCUGCCAAACCAACCCUCCGUGACACCCACCACGCAGCAUGGACGUUUGGUACCUGCCGAUAGGGUUCACGGGAGGAGAUACCUCCUGAGUGCCGACGGAGCCAAAAGUCACUCACCUGGCCAUAUUUGCGAGCGUCAGGAGAAAGACUGAAUAAGUUGGAAUUUAGGAGACUUUUACCAUAAAACAGCUUUUAAAGUUUUUUUUUUUUUUUUUUUUUUUUUUUUUUUUAGAGAGUAUCACAUUGUUUUACUUCUUCUUUUUAGAGGUUUUACUGUUUAUUAAAGUUAAAAAUGUAUAAUUUAAAGUCUCCGACGAAGAAGUUCUUGAAUUCUUCAUUUGGGAGUUUUGUGGGAAAUUGGACUCUGAGUGGAUUCCAUUUUGGUUUGCGGGAAAAUAGGAUAUGAUUUGAGGUUUCCGGAAUUCUCAGAAUUCUCUUUUUUUUUUUUGACGAAAAUAUGAUGCAAGAAACAGUCGUUCUUUUUUCCCUUUUGUAAAUUCCUUCAGGUUUAUCCUUUUUGGUUACACUGUAAUGACUUAUGUAUCUGCCAAUAUUAGCUUAUCACGUUUAACAUUUAUAAACAGAUAUUAAGUACUGGGAUUCUCGAAAUAUUUUUGUUAGCAUAUUUUUCUCAUGUUUAUGGACAGAGAAUUAUUAGAAUAAUUUUAAAUUUAUAUUUUGUGGUGCAAUAUUGUUGGCAAAAAUUCAUAAAUAACAAAAAAAAGAUACGUAUUUGCUUUACCUUUACCUACUUCCCAUAUUAAUGUUGAGCAUGUGCUCUGAAUCAAAAGCCAUUUAAUUGUUUUUGAUAGCAAAAGCCAAUGUUACAUGUUUAGAUUUCGUAUCUGAAUACAACGAUAACUCACCAUCAACUGCGAAAAAUUAGGAGAUUAAUGUACUAUGGUUCCAUGAAGUUUCCAUGCAUCUUUGUGGAAAUGGGGCACUCUCUUGAUGCAAGGAAGAACUUGGCGAUGGCACUUGGCUAUAGGUUUUCUACACCAGCAGGUCUGAUUUUUUUACAAGGUCAUUUAUUGGAGACGACUUUUGAAUGGCAUUGAUUAAUUUGAAUGUUGUUAGAACACUGAGGAGAGUGAGAUUGAGCACCGUGCUUUUUCACCCGAAGAAUUCAAUCAGUUAAUGUGGUCAGGCUUUUCAUCUACUUUUUCGUCCAAUCUCGACAGACUAACGAAACUCAAGUCGCUAAAAGUAUCAUGUAUAUCUAGGUAUAAGCCUUGGGUUAGCCUAUAACAAAAAGUGGCUCAUCCGUCCUUGACAUGUAGUUAUUUUUGUAGGCUCAACAAACUAUCUGGAGGAAUCACGUGAACCGUCGUCCCAUGACAUCAAUUAAACCCAUCCUUUGCUACCAAUGUAUGGAAAUAGAAAAUACCAAAUGCCCCAUCACGCAAAUAACUCAUUCAACUAUAACUCUAGUGCCUUUUAAGAAUAAAAUGCCUGACCAUCUUUGACUUUUUUUACUCCCUUUUUGGAGACCUUAAUUAAUGAAGCUUC